CUUUCCCCUUCUGGCUUGUGAUUAAGUCUCUCAAGUCACAGACCAGGAUAUUUCUCUGAAGAAAUGGAUACAUCUUCCCAAAAAUAUUCAGUCAAAAAGCGAGUGAAAAUUCAUCCCAACACAGUAACAGUCAAAUACACUUCUCAUUAUCCCCAACCAGGAGAAGAGGGAUAUCAGGAUGCUAAUGAAGAUACUGGAGUAUUUAUGGACGACAAUCCUAAGAAAAGACUACUGAGUGAUGGGAAAAAGAGAGAAAGGACCUUUUUUGGUACAAUAGACACCAAGCUUCAGCAAGCACAACUGCCAAAACCCAAUGAGAUUGGGCAAUCCCAGCGUUUUCCUGAAGGAAAUAUAUUGCAGACAAGGAAAACAUGGGUAGUCCUCUUUGGAUCUGCUGUGGCUCAUGGAUGUGUGGCUCUAAUUACAAGGUUAGUUUCUGAUCGUUCCAAAGUCCCAUCCCUAGAGUUAAUUUUCAUCCGUUCAGUCUUACAGGUGCUGUCCAUUACUGUUGUGUGUUAUCACCAUGAGCCUCCCUUUGGCCCCAAAGGCUACAGACUCCGGCUCUUCUUCUAUGGGGUCUGCAAUGUUAUCUCUAUUACCUGUGCUUAUACCUCCUUCUCUAUAGUCCCCCCCAGCAAUGGGACCAUUAUGUGGAGGGCUACCACUACAGUAUUCAGUGCCAUUUUGGCUUUUUUACUCAUAGAUGAAGGAAUGGCUUACAUAGACAUAAUUACGGUAGUUGGCAGUGUGUUUGGCGUUUGUCUGGUCAUGAUCCCAAACAUUGUUAAGGAGGGAAAUUCUUUGCUGAACACCUGGAAGGAAGCUUUUGGGUAUACCAUGACUGUUAUGGCAGGUUUGACCACUGCUCUUUCCAUGAUAGUCUAUAGGUCAAUCAAAGAUAACAUCAGCAUGUGGACAGCACUAUUCACCUUUAGUUGGACAGGAACAGUGUGGGGAGCAUCCACCAUGUUCUUGCUUCAAGAGCCAAUUGUCCCACUGGAUGGAGAAACAUGGAGCUAUCUCCUUGCCAUCUGCCUGUGCUCCACAGCAGCCUUCUUGGGGGUCUACUAUGCCCUGAGCAAGUUCCACCCUGCUUUGGUCAGCACUGUACAGCACCUGGAGAUAGUCAUUGCCAUGGUGCUGCAGCUCAUUGUAUUGCGGAUCUUCCCAGGUCCUUAUGACCUUGUUGGGGGAGCAGUUAUUUUGGCUAGUGUUUUCUUCCUUGCUUGUUAUAAACUGUCCUGCAAGAAUUUAGGACAAGAUUAUCAGGAGAUUGUAGAUUCUUCCAUUAAAUGA